CCGGGGGCGCUGGAGUCACUUUAAGUGUGCGGCCUGGGGCCUGGAGCAAGCCCCGGCUAAAACCUCGGUUUUCCUGCCCCUAUGGGAAGCAAGACCUUAAGGUCCCGGGACCUUCCCGCGCCGCCGGGCGCCGCGGGAGACGUGGCUUCCCACUUAACCUCAGGCUGGGGGCGGGGUUGGCCAGGCCGCGGACGUCACCGGCUGGAUGUGGCGGGUCGCGGGAGAGCGGAGGGUGGAGGCCCAGCGGAAUGGAGGCGGGUUCGGGCGCGGCUCGGAGCGAGGUAGAUCGGCUGCUGUAGCUACCUCGGCGGUGAUCGAAGAGCGGCCGAGCCCCUGGGACCCGUGGCGGAGGCUCCGCGAUCCAAAUGUCCGGCUCGCGGAGCGAGGUGGGCGCACGGCUCGGGGCCACCGCCACGGCUGGCAUGGAGCGGUGGCGGGACCGGCUGGCAUUGGUGACGGGAGCUUCGGGGGGCAUCGGCGCGGCUGUGGCCCGGGCCCUGGUCCAGCAGGGACUGAAGGUAGUGGGCUGUGCCCGCACCGUGGGCAACAUCGAGGAGCUGGCUGCUGAAUGUAAGAGUGCAGGCUAUCCUGGGACUUUGAUCCCCCACAGAUGUGACCUAUCCAGUGAGGAGGACAUCCUCUCCAUGUUCUCGGCCGUCCGCUCUCAGCACAGUUGUGUGGACAUCUGCAUCAACAAUGCUGGCUUGGCCCGGCCCGACACCCUGCUCUCAGGCAGUACCAGUGGCUGGAAGGACAUGUUCAAUGUGAACGUGCUGGGCCUCAGCAUCUGCGCCCGGGAGGCCUACCAGUCCAUGAAGGAGCGCAAGGUGGAUGACGGGCAUAUCAUUAACAUCAACAGCAUGUAUGGUCACCAAGUGUCACCCCACUCCGUGAUCCAUUUCUAUAGUGCUACCAAGUAUGCCGUCACCGCGCUGACAGAGGGACUGAGGCAAGAGCUUCGGGAGGCCCAGACCCACAUCCGAGCCACGGCCUGGCUUCUGACUGGAUGGAGGUGGGGCUCGGCUUGGCCUCUGAGCAGGUCCUCUCUGUUGGUGCAAUGCAUCUCUCCAGAAGUGGUGGAGACACAGUUCGCCUUCAAACUCCACGACAAGGACCCUGAGAAGGCAGCUGCCACCUAUGAACGCAUAAAGUGUCUCAAGCCUGAGGAUGUGGCCGAGGCUGUCCUCUAUGUCCUUAGCACCCCUCCACACGUCCAGGUGAGUCUGGUCUUGACUGCCCCCACCCUGGAAGAGCCUCGCCAUCUCAGAGGAGGACAGCAGGGAGGCCUGAGGGGGUGGGGAGAACGUCCUGGCUGCCUUAAGCCUUGUGCCUUCCAACAGAUUGGAGACAUCCAGAUGAGGCCCAUGGAGCAGGUGAUCUAGUUUCCUGUGGGGCGCUCUGCCUUCCCUCCCUGCCCCUUACAGCUUGGCUCCUGCCUCUGGAUUUUAGGUGUUGAUUUCUGGACUCCUGGAUUCCGUUUCCUCUCCCCACCCCACCAGGGCCUAGAAAACUCGAAGUUUUUAUAUCUUAUCAAAUUGUUCCCAUCACAAAUAUGAACAGUGAGCUGGGGAGAGGAGGUGGUGUCCCUGAUUAUUUUACCUGUUAACUCAUUCUCGGUCCCCUUCUUAUGCUCCGUGGCCUUUGUUUGCUCUCUUCCGUCUCUUCCUUUUGAUCUGGGGAAGGGACUGUGGCCAAAAGUGGGGCUUCCCUCUGACCCUCAGCAGGAAGGUGGCAGAGAGAAGCCCUCACCUUCUAUGGGAGUGGCUAUCCAAAGCUCCAGCCUUCCUCCUCUCCUGGCCCUACUGCUCCCACCGCCCCCUUCACUUCCCCCAUCCCAGUUCUCCAGCCCAGUCUUGGCUUCUUGGCUCCCACCGGGGUGAUCACUCCACACUGUCUAUGGCAGCUGAAUACCCGGGCCUGCCUCCCAAGUGGAUUUCACUGUGAGAAUUAAAAAAGAAAAAUUGCAACAACCUA